AUGAAAUCAUUCUCAACCUCUGCCUUUUCUCUUCUUCUCAUUGCGGUCAUUUUGAUGAAUGCCCUUCUGGCUUUCUCAAAGGCACCAAAUCAGAACGCACCAAGUCCGAAGAACAGUGCAGAACCUCAGCAUGCCCAAAUGAGCCCAAGCCGACAAAAACGCCAUACUCAGGUCAAAGUACCAGUUCAAUGGAAACGCGGUACAAAGAAAAUUCCAGAAACGAAUCUCAAGCGAAGCCCAGAGAUGGUCAACAUGCCAAAGGAACUCAAAGAUGGUCAAUCAGAACAAGUCCAGGCUGGUAAAAGAGACCCAAAUUCAGGUAAAAAGAAGAUAGCAGGGCACAGUUAA